CAUUGGUAUGCAGGCAGUGCAGUGUCAGUGAGGAGAGAGGGAGCAGUCAGUGCUGCAGGGCAGAGGUUAGCGAGGAGGAGAGUGAGUGAAUGAGAGCUGCUGAAUCUGCUGUUUGCUUGUUUUGCUGGGCUGCCUCCUUUCCACACAGCACUGGCACCACAGAAUACCCUGCCACCACUACAGACGCUGCUGAUUACCACGCUAGUUAGCCACGGCGCUAACAGGAGACCAAGGGGCCACCAGGAAUCAAGCUAUCCGGGUUUCGCCAUCCUUUGAGCAGGGGACAUAGCCGUGUCGUGUAGUGGAGGGGGCUGACGCUACGAUUUAGUCACCCGCUCCUACCUCCCCAAACCCCACUCCCCGUCCCCUUCUCCCCAACCACCACCAGCAGCCCGCUUGCUCCUCCCUAUCUAUGCCCUUGUCCUCGGCGGCUCCUCUCAACUCCCUGGCCAGUAUAUGGAUAGAAGCUCCCUGUUUCAGCUCAUACAAGAGCAGCUGGACCCAGACAACACCGGUUUCAUCGCAGUGGAGAACUUCACCAGUUUGGUGGAGCACCAUGAGCUGCAGCUGGACCCUUCCAAACUGGACAUGCUGUUCGCCCUGGUGCAGAGCAACGAGGAUGGACAGGUGUGCUACCAGGAGCUCAUUGAGCUGAUGAGCAGCAAGCGCUCCAGCAGUUUCCGACGGGCCAUCGCCAAUGGCCGCCGUACGCUGCAGCGAGAGAUCCUAUUGGAUGAGACGGGCCUGGGUGUGUACAAACGCUUUGUGCGCUACGUGGCCUAUGAGAUCCUGCCCUGCGAGACAGACCGACGCUGGUACUUCCACCAGAACCGCCUUUGUCCCCCGCCCAUAUUCAUGGCCAUCAUUACCAUUGUCCAGAUCAUCGUGUUCAUGUGUUAUGGCAUCAUGCUGAAUAAGUGGGUGCUGCAGACGUACCAGCCAGACUUCAUGAAGAGCCCCCUGGUGUACCACCCCAGACACCGCCACCAGGUCUGGCGCUUCUUCAGCUACAUGUUCAUGCACGUUGGGUUGGAACAGCUGGGGUUCAACGCUCUGCUCCAGCUGAUGAUCGGCGUUCCCUUGGAGAUGGUCCACGGCAUCCUACGCAUCAGUCUGCUGUACAUGGCCGGUGUUGUGGCAGGUUCCUUGACGGUGUCCAUCACAGACAUGCGUGCUCCAGUGGUGGGGGGCUCCGGUGGGGUCUAUGCUCUGUGCUCGGCGCAUCUGGCCAACGUCGUCAUGAACUGGGCCGGCAUGCGUUGUCCAUACAAGCUCCUCCGCAUGAUUCUUGCGCUGGUGUGCAUGAGUUCGGAGGUGGGCCGUGCAGUGUGGCUGCGCUUCUCCCCGCCCUUGCCCUCCUCAGGGCCCCAGCCCAGCUUCAUGGCCCACCUGUCGGGGGCGGUGGUAGGCAUCAGCAUGGGCCUGCUCAUCCUGCGCAGCUAUGAAGAGAGCCUGCAGAAGCAGUGCUCCUGGUGGGUCAUCGUCUUCUCCUUCAUCACGUUCCUUCUCUUUGCCAUCUUCUGGAACAUCUUCGCCUACGAGCUGCUAGGGGUGCAGCUCCCGCCCGCUCCCUGACACCAAGAAGCUCCCUCCCACUCCAUUACAUUGUCCCUCUCAUUGCCAUAUGUCAAGAUCCAUCCACUUUACCAUAUCCUUUUCCUGUUCCCUCAGCCAACCUCCCAACAACACCAUUCAAAACACAAUAUGUUUUUUCAUUUAAAACUGUACAGGGCAGGAAUUAUUCUUUCCAUGUACCCAUAUCAUCAAAAAAUUAUAUCUGUUUUGUGGUGGGAGGGAAUUUGGUAGCAACAUAUGCAGGUGAAACCUGUGUAACUCUCUUCAUAUCCUCAUUGUGGAGCAGCUAUGUAAAAAGGGAAUCCCUUUUGUCUUUUGUGUUGAAGCUUUACCCACCUCAAGGUGGAGACUGUCAGUCAGCAUUUUGAUUAAUACCCAUGCAACUUCAGUUCUCCUGUGUUCAGAGUGGGUUCAUGACCCUCUAGGUGCUUCUUACUGGACAGGUGUGUGUUCUGUCAGUAUCCCUCACUGCCCCUUUUAAAGCCAUGAGGCAGUAGGGAACCAGUGUUCUAUUGCGCAACAUGCACCUAAACACAAGAUCUACACUGUGGAAUAAUAAUAGGAAUUCACAGGAAUAGAUAUUACAUGUAACAAGGCAUGCAGCUAGGAAGUAUAGAGGUGGGAAAGACAAGAGGGGAGAGGGGGAAAAAAUUAAAUGCUGAAACUGUGACAUCCUUUCUCCUCACCGUCACCACCGUGGUGCUCAUGUCCCUAGUAGCCAUUGUCACUCUCCUUUUCCACCCAACCUAAAUGCUUCAGCAGGUUAGCAUAAUCUCUACCAGUACCAUAUGCUAACCUGCUAAGCACCAGCAUCUCAUCUAGCUAAUGCUAUAAGGUCGUAACUAAAACGCUUGCCCUGUGUACCCUGGACACACCAGCCCUCACCCUUCUGUGUUGCCAUCUCCAAGAACAACCACUGCCUGAUGCUGUAAGUCGGUAUGGGAACGCAAAGAGAGAGAUGCACACACUGGCCUCUGUCAAUUCUCACUCUAACACACUGAACUGGGGAGGGCAACGGACAUGUUAUCAUCGCCUGACCUCUGACCUCUGUCCCAGCGGGCUUUGGGGUCGGUCUGUCAAGGCCCAGUCUAUACCUCAGUGUCUCAUUCUUAGGGACUGUACACUUUUGUAAAGGAAUGUAAGCAUCAAAAAAAGUGUUAAUAAUUUAUUUCUGUUUUUCCUUUGAUAGUGGAUGUGGAUAUUAUAUGUUCAUAAUUUAAGAGUAUAUUUAACGGUGCAGACUUAAUGCUAUGAUUGUUCUUAUGAUUACUCUUACAAUACAGCUUUGAUCCUCUGAAAAUAGUCAGCGAGCAGAAAUCCCUGGUUACUAUGACGAAUGAACACCAAUGACGCAAGUUACACUCGUCUUUAUAAAUCUGAGUGCUCUAAAGAAUAAGCCAUAGAAGAACCAAUUCAACAUAGACAUGGAAAACAAAGGAUGAGUAAAAACAGUCAGUGCCUGAUUUCUGGUAUAUGCUUUGGUGAAUGUUUCUGCCGUGUAGUCGUCAUUAUUAAGGUCAAAGCUGAUCAAAUAUUUAAUAUGUUAUGUGGUAAAUGAAAGACAGGAUGACAAAGCCAAACUCUUUGUGCAAGAACAUGCUUGAGAAAUGCUGGACUGUUAAACAUGAAAUAUUUGUUGUUAAACACAUCUUAACAACUUGGUUGACCGAUAGAAUAUUCAGACACAGCAUUACUGUUAGUAUGAUUGACAGAUUCCAAAUCACCCCAGUGUGGUGAUGCCUGACUAGUCUUUUUGGGUUAAUGACACAUUUUGGAUAGAGGAACAUGCCCCAAAUUAGCUCAUUGUCUGAACCAAGCAUUUUCUUAACUUGAUCUUAAUCUUUUUUUUCAGUUUGUAAGUUAAUUCAUGUGAAAGGUUUCUUCUGACUGCUUUAGAGAAGUUUUAGUUUCCAAUGUUGACAGUUGGUCUCAGACAUAAUCCUCAGCAUACAUGAUUGUCACUGACAGAUGAUACUCGUAAACUAUAGAAUCCAUCGGACAUUAACACAGAAAAUGCAAAGGGGCCUACAUAAGGGCUAGAAACUAAGUAUUGGUAAAACUGUUAAUAGGAGUAGGAACCUUCCCGAAAAUGAAAACUAAACGACUAAAGGGGAUGAUAAAAGCUGAAGUACAAGGUACAAGCUUCCAUUUCCCCACCCUUAAAAACACACCCAGGUCUCCGUUAAGUUAUUUGUCAACCGGUUGUUCUUGCACGAAUGUGUGAUCAGUCUCAAAUAAGUCUCCAAUUCUGUAUUCAUAGACAUGUUUAUUUUUUCUUUCUUUUCACCAUGGCGUAUGAGACAGCCGUCGGAGGAAUUAAGAAGUGCAUAUAUCUUAAUUAAACAGGCAGAGAAGUCGACGGGAGUAGUCUAUUACCCGUCUGUAAGCCAAAUUACUUCACCUUGGGCUGCAUCCAAACACGGCAGUACUAACAACACGUCUUCUACAAAAGCCAAUCCAAUCCCACUCUCCUUUUGGCUGAGAUGUCUCUGCUUUGUCCAGACAUCCGAGGAUCUGGGGGGAGAGGCAUAAAUGCUGUGAUGAAGGAGCAAGUGUCAUCUACAGGCUGACAUAUGUUUAGAUGGUGCCAAUGUGUGUCUCCAAUGCUUUAGAUGGUGCCAAUGUGUGUCUGUGAGCGAUGGCGGGAGAGGGGGAACAGAGGAGGAGGAUUGGAGAUGGCACCACUCAUAAAACACCAUUGGGGUCAAAGCAACUGUGUGUGCCUUCAUAUCUUGUCUUAUACCCAUCACAAUGCCUCGGGCGUCAGAAAUUAUGUAUGGCUGUUACGUGGGGCUCUGUUCUACCAGGACCCGGGGCUCCACCGCUGUAAACAUGAUCUAUUUUUCUUUAAGUAGAUGUGAAAGGCUGCAUGAUGUUGAUUUAAUUGCUGUCUUUCAUGUGACAUAUUUGUUUUCAUCGACAUAGGGGGGCCUGGUGAAGAAUAGGAUGAGCAGGAUAGGGGCCAGCCAACCAUACCAUGUGAUCCAUUAUAUAAAUGAUGCUCUAUUGAUUAGAACCCCAUCACCACCUCUUUAGUGAGUGGUCUACUGACCACGCCCCUCCCCCUUCACAUUCACUAUAUAAACAAAGCUAUGCGGACACCCCUUCAAAUUAGUGGAUUCAGCUAUUUCAGCCACACCCAUUGAUGACAGGUGUAUAAAAUUGAACACACAGCUAUACAAUCUCCAUAGACAAACAUUGGCAGUAGAAUGGCCUUACUGAAAGGCUCAGUGACUUUCAACGUGGCACCGUCAUAGGAUGCCACCUUUCCAACAAGUCAGUUCCUCAAAUUUCUGCCCUGCUAGAGCUGCCCUGGUCAACUGUCAGUGCUGUUAUUGUGAAGUGGAAACAUCUAGGAGAAACAACGGCUCAGCCGUGAAAUGGUAGGACACAAAAGCUCACGAAAUGGGGCCGCCAUGUGCUGAAGUGCGUAGUGCUUAAAAAUCGCUUGUCCUCGGUUGCAACACUCACUACAGAGUUCCAAACUGCCUCUGGAAGCAACAUCAGCACAAGAACUGUUGGUCGGGAGCUUCAUGAAAUGGGUUUCUAUGGCAGAGCAGCCGUACACAAGCCUAAAAUCACCAUGUGCAAUGCAAAGUGUCGGCUGGAGUGGUGUAAAGCUCGCCGCCAUUGGACUCUGGAGCAGUGGAAACGUGUUCUCUGGAAUGAUGAAUCAGGCUUCACCAUCUGGCAGUCUGACGGACGAAUCUGGGUUUGGCAGAUGCCAGGAGAAAGCUACCUGCCCCAAUACAUAGUGUCAACUGUAAAGCUUGGCAGAGGGGGAAUAAUGGUCUGGGGCUGUUUUUUAUGGUUCGGGCUAGGCUCCUUAGUUCCAGUGAAGGGACAUCUUCCAUACAGAAAUGGUUGGUGUAGAUCGGUGUGGAAGAACUUGACUGGCCUGCACAGAGCCCUGACCUCAACCCCAUCAAAUACCUUUGGGAUGAAUUGGAACACUGACUGUGAGCCAGGCCUAAUCGCCCAACCUCCGUGCCCGACCUCACUAAAGCUCUUGUGGCUGAAUGGAAGCAAGUCCCCGCAGCAAUGUUCCAACAUCUCGUGGAAAGCCUUCCCAGAAGAGUGGAGGCUGUUAUUAUAGCAAAGAGGAGACCAACUCCAUAUUCAUGCCCAUGAUUUAGAAUGAGAUGUUCAACAAGCAGGUGUCCACAUACUUUUGGUUAUGUAGUGUAUGUGUCAGUGUCCAUGAAUAGCCUAACAUUUUGAAGGAAGGAAGGAUCGUUAUUGAACCACAUCACCAUUAAAGGACGUCACUGUUAAAACUAAUGAUAUAUAUAUAAACCCUUGAUUGCUGAUGCUAAUGUAUGUAUUGGCCAAUGACAGGCUUUGAAGCCACUGGUCGGCCAUUUUGGCAUUUCUCAGAAAAGCAGUCCUCAAUAAGAAUGAAUGGAAUUCUAAAUCUUCUCUAGUGUGUAUAUAUAAAUCAUUGGUUAAAACAAAAAGUGGGACCAACAUACCACCUUGCCAUGUGCCCUACAUUUUCCUUGGAUGCAUCAACCCCAUAGUUGACAUCAUUCUAUGGGGUUGUUCUCAAACCACUUUCUCUGUUCAUCCUUUCUGUGUUCAUGUCUAAAUGCAACAUAACUUUUGUAGCAAGCAUAUUUGAGAUUUAUACUGUUAUUAGAUACUCCAGACUCUUGUGUUUUGACAUCAGUGAGCUUUUUUGCACUUGUCGUAAUGUGGUCAACUGAGAUGUCAUCGUGCCAAUAUGUUAUAGUGCCAUUUUGUUCUUUAUGCUUUCAUUGGUAUUACCUCCUUACCCCAAUUUGUUGUGCUCUUAUGGAUAAUGCCUUGUUACAACUAGUGCGUCUACAUCCUAAACUUAGCAAUGGGAGAGGGGGCUUGGCUUUUGCGUUCGUGUGUGAUUAAAGGCAUCAGGUUAUGAGGGUCACUGCACUGCGUCACUGAUCUGAUCUUUAUAUAGUAUGGAUAUGUAGAUCAACCAACCUUAAUUAUAUCAAUAUGCAGUACCUGCUCUAAGCUGAUGCUUGUGAACAAGCAGGUUGCCUUCUCCCAGUGUCAGUAGUGUACUACUUGAACAUGGGGUACUUUAAUGCUGUACUGUAUGAGGCAGGCUACUGUAGCUCAUUAGACAGAUAAACUGUUAUUUUAAAUAAAAAUCAAAGCAAGCAAACCAGCGUAUUACUUUUUCAGUAUCAACUUCUAGUAUUAAAUAAUUUGAGCGCAGUGGAAUCCACACAUGGUUUGACCAACAUACAACAAUCACCAGUGCUGAAUAGUUAUCCAAGUUGUUUUCAUCUAUCUCUAGACCAUUAGAAUACCAGUAUAUGGAGGUUUUGAAUGCAGCAUAUGGUACUGUAGUUAUGGAUAACUGAGGCAGUUUGGUUUAUGGUCAUAUGUGUGCUGCUGUGGUAGUUUUCACUGGCUGUUCUCUUGCAUUGAUAAAAAUGUUGCCAAGCUUAGGAGGUUAAGUCUCCAAAUCCAGACCAGAGGUUGUACCAAAACAGCGUUUACAAAAAAAAAAAAAAUGAAUAGAGAGGCUAUUUUUCUCUGGGUCACAAAAUGUAUGUAAAUAUGGAUAGUUUAUAUUAAAUUCCUCAUUAAUUAUUUAAUGAUGUAUUGUACUUUUUAAAUGUUCUGAAUUGAACCCUUUUAUAUUGUAUAUAUGUAUGUUUUAUUUUGUACUGUUCAUUGUACUUGCUUUAAGUUCGGAACAAUACGAAUAAAGAAACAUACUGUGGAAA